CACAUUCGGCAAACCUCACAGUUUCCGGGCGCACACGCACAGGACUCACACUCACUCACAGCUCACACAGCCACCCCCGACGCCGGGAUCUCAUUGAGUCAACGGACAUCGCAGAUUUCAACAAUCCAAAAUGUCGAGGUUCAUCAUCGGAGCUCUUGUGCUGCUGACCCUAGCAGCCUGCAUCCAGGCCUAUGUGCUGAACGAUGACGACUUUUCUGUUGAAGAGAGUUUGAAUGCCUACCAUGCUGAAAUCCCACCUAAGGAGGAGGAGGAAAAGACUAAGGUCGAAGAGGUCCAAGACGAGGAGGCAGAACGUCCACAAGUUGACAAGGCGAAAGAAUGGCCUCAUAGAGGGAAGAGGGAGGAGGAAAGGAAAAAGGCAGAAGCCCAGGCAGCGGCUGAAAAGCAAGCAAUGAAAACUGAAGAAGAAAUCGCAGAGCAGGAACGCUUGGCACUUGAGGAAGCCCACAGGAAGAAACUGGAGGCGGCAAACAAACAG